AUGACGCAGGAAACCGAAGAUACAUCCGGUCAACCACCAUCUCCUUCGCAACACCAACUUCCUCCUUCCCCUUCUCCGAACGGCGACAUCUCUCUUGAAGCUUCACUUUCCAAUGUAUCUUUAGGAUCCUUUUCUGGUGAUGCUGGACCAAGUCGCUCUCCUCGACUGUUCAACGGACGGCGCACGCCUCCAGCACCGUUAGAACUAAGUCGAGAAGACGACAUCGACCUAGAAGUCGAAGGGGAUAUAGGCGUAUCGCUCACCUCACCAACAAGGACUUCAUCACCUGCCAACGAUUACUUCUCUGUAUCACCGUCCGCACGUCGUUCAAGCUCACGACUUGAUCACGUACUCACACAUUCGCCUUCGCCUUCACCAUCUUCAACUCGCGCACGGCAGAGAUCACUCACACCCAACGGUCAUUUAGAAGUAUCACCGACGAAGAUUCCCCUACCAUCACCUACAUCUCUGUCACCUCCAUUAUCCGCCCCUGCAUCUAGGAGAUCUUUCUCGCUUAGGUCUAUCUCAAGUAGAUCACCUAGUCCGCCUCCUCAGCCUUUCGCCUUGAAACCCCCUUUACCGAACGUCACUUCAGUUAUACUUUCUUCGGAACUGCAGGGUGAAGUUGAAGUUGAUGAUACAGCACCUUUUGAAUCUAUCCCUCUAUCUUCUACACCGCCUCUUACGCCUACCGUACCACCACCAAUCUCUCCAACGUACGUCAGUCCAGAGAGGAAAGGAAGACAAUCAUGGGGUGGGUUCGGAAUGACCAAAGAAGGGCAGCGGUACGCCAUAGGUGAGACUCCUGAUCAUACGAGAUCGCAGACCGAACAAAUCCGCCGCACUUCCGCAACCAGCUCUAUACAUUCUACUCAUACUCAUACUCCCUCAGUCAACGGGCAUGGGAAUGGUGGUCAAGCAACAAUACCACCUCAGGAUGGACAAUACAGUGCCCCUACACCUAAAUUACAUGCACCUCCCGCACAUCCAUUCCCAUUCCCCAUACCUUCUGAACCAUACUCAGAAGACCAGAGGAGAAUAUCAACCUCACAGCCACAGCAGCAGAAUCAUACUUCUGGGCAAGGUGGGUCGGGCGUGGAAAGCCACGAACAUGGUAUAGGAGUGAAAGAGUCAAUAUCGACCUUUGAAAAAGUCAGAUCCCAUACCCGACCUGCAUAUCUUCCGCCAAAAGACAAACACGAAGAUGAAGUUCAUCUGCAUCAAUGGGAAGAAAUCAUGACACAAUCUAAAGAACAUGAAAAGCAAGUUAGAAAAUUGAAGGAACAAAGGAAAUUGGAGAGGGAAAAGAAAUUAACAAUUGUUAUACCUAAAUGGGAAGCUUUGUUACAUGAUAAGGAAUUUAGUGUACAGAAAGUGCAGAAUGAUCCAGGGUUGAGGAAUAUGUGGUUUGAGGGUGUUCCUACGCAUUUGAGAGGGUUGGCUUGGAGUAAAGCUAUCGGGAAUCCUCUGGCAGUGUCAAAAGAUGCCUACCGCACAUACGUCACUCGAUCGGAAAAGGCUCAAAAAUCAGGUAGAUUCCCACAAGAUGUAUUAGACCAGAUGGAAAAAGAUAUGGAUAACACUCUACCUACUUUGAGGUUAUAUCAUCGAGGUAGUCCGCUUAGAGAUGACCUCAAGGAGAUAAUGUGCGCUUGGGUGGUUUACCGUUCGGAUGACGGUUUGGGAUAUGCACCAUACAUCUCACAUCUCUCAGCAAUGUUCCUCCUUGUCUCUCCACCCGCAGAAGCAUUUAUAUCCCUAAUCAAUCUCCUCUCUCGACCGUGCCUCAGGUCAUUCUACACCCAGAUCGAUGAUGAGAUUGACGCCUAUUACCGAGUCCUCGAAAACCUCCAAGCAGACGCUUAUCCCAAGAUAUACGCUAAUCUCAAGAAUCUGGGUCUGAGGGUCCCUGAAGGCUGGUUUAGGGGUAUGCUGGUGGAGCAGGUAGAUUUCGAGUGUGCUUGUAGGUUGUGGGAUCAGAUUAUGUUAGAUGGAGAUGGGUUUAUAUUUCGGACCGCUCUGGCGAUAUUUGGGUUUCUCGAGCCUCGAUUAUAUUACCCGGACCACGACGAGAUCCUAUCCGUCCUCGAAGGUCGUAACCCCGCAACUCUAGCUAUCCAAGCGCGUGAGCGAGAAAGAGCGAGACUUCGGGGAGAGACAUUCGACGAAUUGAUAGAUGGGAAAUUAUCUGUAUUUGGACUGAACGAACAUACUUUGUUUGAAUGGUUGGGUAAUGAUGGAUGGAAGGAAAAGGCUUUUGAGAGGUUGGUACUGAGGGAGAUGCCUGAUUAG